CCGUUUCUUUGUACCUCAGUCUUCACGGCCCGGCCAACGCUGUUGCAUUAGCUUGUUGAACUAGGCUUGUGUAUCUACGACAUCCAGUCGCUCCACGUCGCCGGCCCAAUCAGCCGCCACAUCCCUAGUAAUCCACCGCAACCUCCUUGCCAGAGCCCCGCCGCCAUCAUGUCCGACGUAGAGGCUGAGCAGAAGCGCGAAGAGGAUGAGCGUCUUGAUACUGCAGAAGACCCGAAUGAGGAGGAAGAAAUCUCGGCCAUGAGGCGCCGCGUGCAAGAGAUGGAGGAAGAGGCCCAGAAGCUGCGUCAGAUGCAGCAAGCCAUCGACAACGAGCGACACGAGAUGCGCGAGAGCAAAGAAGACGUCGACGCGCGAAGCGUCUUUGUCGGCAAUGUAGACUACGGGGCGAGCCCCGAGGAGAUCCAGGCGCAUUUCCAGAGCAUCGGCAGCAUCAAUCGCGUCACCAUAUUGCUCGACAAGUUCACCGGACAUCCCAAAGGGUAUGCUUAUGUGGAGUUUACCGAACCACACUUGGUCAAUGAGGCCCUUGUGCUCGACAACAGCCAAUUCCGGAAUCGCAACUUGAAGGUUGUACCCAAGCGAACAAACCUCCCGGGCAUGACACGAGGCGGCCGUGGCGGCCGAGGUGGUCCGCGAGGUGGAUACGGCGGCCGCGGCUCACCGUACGGACGUGGUGGGUACAACGGCUACGCCCCUCGCGGCGGUGGCUACCGAGGUGGAUAUCGUGGAGGCCGAGGAGGUUCCGCAUACCGCCCUUACUAGGUGUAGGGUCUGGUGGUACAAAACAUGGAUCUGUUUUCGAUUUCGAUUGUUUUGCUUAAGGGAGGAUUGGUACAAGGGCACAUGAAAUUGGACUGGAGUCGCGGUGAAGCUUUGCAACAGCGGGGAGCUUUGUACUAUACCACAAAAUGUCCGUUGGGUGGACGUGGCAUCCGAGCUGCUAUAUUCCCUACCACCCGGGCCUCUGAUUUAUGUUUUUUUUCUCAAAGGAUCAAGCUAUUUUAAUUCAUCUUACGUUGAC